UUUUCACCCCAUGGGUUAAAUAAUUUAUUUUCCAGCACAAUUCACCACAUUAAAAUCCGGGAGUAUCCAGCCAGCCCUAAUUCUGCUCCUUAAACAUCCGAUUUCAAAUCCUCCCUCUUAAUUGCCCAAAUCCUACUUUAGCGACCGGAACUGCAGAUCUCACUACAAUGGGUGGAGGAGACAUAGAGAAGAUGAUCACCAUAGGCCUAGUGUGGGGUGCCACCAAUGCCUUAAUUCGUCGCGGUGCACUUCUCUGGGACCACCAAUCCCUAAAAUCUUCUUCUUCUUCUUCUUCGUCUUCCCUUUCGUCUCCUCCAAAAUUCCACCAGAAACUCCUCUCUUCACUCAAAAGCUGGCUCAGCCUUCUCAUAUUUUGGCAAUACUCUCUUCCUUUCUUGCUUAAUCUCUCUGCCUCUGCUAUCUUCUUCGCCAUCUUAAGUGACACCCCCAUAUCUCUGGCUGUCCCAGUCACCAAUGCUACAACAUUUGCUGCUACAGCUGUGUUUGGAAUGCUUUUAGGAGAAGAUACCCGAGUCGACUUCGCUUUGCUGGGCACAGUUGAAUGCUGGUGGCAGGAAAAGGAACCGAAGUUUCCGGGAUGAAUAUCCUUGCUCCAUUUUAGAACUGCGCCUUAAAACAUUCAGGUGGCAUUUGUCCAUUGAACCUCUUAGUGUCAUUGCAGUAGUUGUAGAUCAUGUAGUUGUCUCUGACCCGCUUCAUUUGAUCCAAUUGGGCAUUGCUCAACUUGCUAUAGGCGGGGGAUGUCCACCAGUUCGCUGGGGUCUUGGCAGCACAUUGAUUUAUGCUAACUGGUCCAUUCCACUUGCAAGCCCUUGCCCUAAAAUUGCGGUAUCUUGCUAUGAAGGGUGCCACUGUCCAAUCAAUCUUAACUCGCCCACCUUGAGUUGCCCAGUUAUCAGCAUUCCACAAGCUGGAGUAGACCCUCAUUCCCUGUUUGUUUGGGUAAGCAAUCCCCUCAUUUUCAUAGUUACGGUAUACGCGGAUUGGUACAUUAUCAAUGUACCACCUGAAUUGCAGUGAUAAAUAUCAAGUUAGGUAAAAUUAGGCUUCUGGAUUAUCUAGGAAUUAGAUAGCUGGUUUGGUGGAUGUAGUGAAGUAAGCUGGGAAAAUGAAAGUUUAGCAAAAGCUUCAGGAAGACUAUUUAAGUUAUGUUGGAAAAAAAAAGUGCACAUAUUGGUAAUCUACUUGGAGUGCUGUGCAGCUUAAUCUGAAUGUCGAGUCAUGCUGGUUUCUUUUCUUUCCCCCUUUUUUUUCCUUUUUAUAUCAUCAUCAUUAAUAAUUUUGUUUUGUGAAUAGUGAAUAUUUGAUCAUACUUCUGUAAGUCAUCGACAAAUAAGGCCAACGUUGUAGAAAAACAGAAAUGGUCAGCGAACUUACACAACUUCAGUAGGGUUCCAAUGUAUAGUGUAAUUAUGGAAAUCUGCAGUUGGGUCAAACCAGGGGCGGAAUUGCUGUUCCCUGCUUCCAUUUCCUUGAGUGUAGAUGUUUGUGUGUAUGGUGUAUGGCUGUCCAGAUGUAUUCCCUAAGAACUCGAAGUCUAUUUCGUCGUGUCUGUCCCCAGAAGAGGAUACCUGUGCAAAUUCAUCACGGAGUUUCAUUAUUUAGUAAUUUUCAUGUGUCAAUAUUCCAUUAUAAAGUUUUUUGCUUUAAGAACUUCAUUUAGAUGCUGAUCUAUAUAAUUGUUGUUAAUCUUAGAGAUAUUCAAAUGAGGUAUUAAUAUGAUUGGCCGUAACUAGACCUUCCUAUUUA